AUGAGCUCAAGUUUCAAGCGGUUGCCUGCGCUCGCUUCAGUACAUCCUGCAUCAUUUGCGCUUGCUUCAACGCACUAACAUUUCUCCAAAUGCAGGCAAGCCCCCCCCCCACCACCAUCACCCCAUCCCAUCCCACUCUACCUCUUUGACCUAACCCCCUUUCCUUCCUCCGCACCGCGCGCCCGCUCGCUCUCUCUCUCUCAUUCGCAGACCAUCGAUCCGCGAGCCGGUCUCUUGUGCAACCACGAAGUCCUCACCAUCCUGCGUCAACAACGCGACGACCGAGCGAACCAAAUCAAGAAAUUGACCAAACAGAAAGCCAAAAGGGUCGCGGCGUUGAAGAGGAAAGCGUACCCUAACGAGGAAGAGGACGAGGAGAGGGAUCGCCUUCAACCGCAGGACCUGCAUACCGUCACUUUUGAGGUGCGUGGGCAAGUUUUAGAUCUUUUUGGGAAAACUCCCGUCUGAUCAGGUAGGGAGGGCUCAUGUUCAUCCAGACGAUCAAGUUCCUUCAAGACCCGACCCAUCCUCACCUCCGUCAAACGACGAGCUCGGUGCAACAACUCUUGGACAAGUUGGAACAGUUGGAUUUGACCAAGGCCGAGAGGUUACAAAUCGUCAAUCUCGCGCCCACCAAACUCAUCCACUUUGUAUUGGUCCGUCGGAAUGAACUUGCCGAGUCUUGUACCCCCUCAACCGGCUGAUCUUUUCUCUCUCUCUCUCUCUGUGUGGACUUUUUGGGCGACCGUCAAGUCGGUCGAUGAAUUCGAAGAACGUUUUCCCGGCCAAGAAGAACGGGAUCAUUUACUCGCGAUCGUACGAGACCAUCUCUCGGCCGAAGCUGCGAUAGCACCCAUCUCGCGCAGCAACGAUCAUCCCCCUUCCACGACCCACCACAAAUCCUCCUCGGACGCGCGGGGGACUUCUUCCUCCUCUUCCCGCAAGCACACGACGACGCAUGUGGUGGAGGAAGAGGAUGAGGAUGAGGAUGAUAUGGCUUUCGACGAAGCGACGAGGGACGAGCUGGACGCGGUGAACGAGUUGAUGGACGAAGGGAUGGGCGAGGGGGGGAUGGAGGAGGUGGGUAAGGAAUUGGACGAGGAUUAGGGCGGGGUUUAGCGAGUGAUGGGGGAGAAGAGAGAAGGGACACUUUCUUUGCUAUAUUGUUGUAGAACCAUGCAGAAAUGAACAUCCCUCUGGCCGUGUGCACCCGAGCCGUGGUCGAAGGAGACAAGAGCCGGAAGGAACCUCGCAUUAGCGCUUGGAAGCACUCGUAAUAACGAAUUAGCCUCCUCACACGCGCGCGCACGCUCCUCUUUGGGUGCUCGCUUCGGUGCUCACUAGCGCUCACUGCUCGGCGCUCAGCCUCGAACUUGAUCGUGCGAUCACUUGAACGGACCGACGUUGACCCGUUUCGUCUCUCGAGCCCAGCCCGACCCGCCCACGCUGUCUCGCCUGACGUUUUCGAGGAGGAAGGACCCUCUCGACGGGGGUCCGUCGUCGUCGUCAUCGUCGUCGACUUCUGCAACGACCAUUGGCGCCGGCGGCAUUUCGUCGAGCAGCGCUCAUCACGGCUCACACGCGCAACAACGACCCGCAUGGAACACGAAUACGAGAGCGAGUGGUACGGGCGGUGGAGUAGGGGGAGGUGGGGGUGGUCAUCAUGCAGCACCCGCUUUGUCGAUCGCAGGUGGGUUGGCGACGUCGCAGUUCCCCCCGCCUAGCUCGACCUUGCAACCGACCCCACGCCACGACCACCGCAUCAACUCGCACCACCCACACCACCACCACCACCACCACCACAGCGCCAACAGCUCGCACCAUUCGUCGCACCAUGGCCCUUUUGCGCGCGAGAAUGACGACGACGGCACGACGACGACCGCGACGGCGACGGCGACGGCGACGGCGACGAGCAGUCACCCCGCGGCGGCUCACGGCCACUCGAACGAUCGUCACCACCAUUCUUCGUCCAGCCAGCACCACCAUGACAAGGUCGCCAGUGCUUCCACCGCCGUCGAUCGGGUCAUGGCUAUGCUCGAUGGGUUCGAGGUGAGUUGUCCGGUUGUAGGGUUUCCUCGACUCUCGGCGGGCGCGCGACCGCUCCCCUUGUGGUCGAGCGAGAGCAUGCACCGAGUCGAUGCCAUACCACGCGUCUUGCUUCGUGUGGCAUCGCGCCUGCUUUGACCACGGCAGCCGCAUCUGCCUUUUCACCGCGUGCACCCAUCGUUCCGAGACAACGAUCCUUGAUGAGCCCUUUUUGGCUGACUUGAGCGAGCGAGCGUAUUCUACGGACCCAUAGGAUGAUAUGGAUUGUCCGCUCUGCCUCGAAGAAAUGGAUCUUUCCGAUCUCAACUUCAAGCCGUGCCCUUGUGGAUAUCAGGUGCGUCAAGUGCCUUCCGCGGACACGCUGCUGCCGCUCCGGUACUCGCACGCGGCCCGACUGCUCCGCGCAUGCACUCACUCACGCGACACCGCGCGUUCGCACGAGGGACAACAUCGGACUCAUCACCUCGACCUUUUCGCCCCAUCCGCAUGCUGUGUCACAGAUUUGCCGAUUCUGCUAUCACCAUAUCAAGGAGAAUCUCAACAACCGGUGCCCCGCCUGUCGUACACCGUACGAUGACAAGACCGUCGAGUUCAAGGCCGUCAAGCCCGAAGAGUAGGUUCUCGCAUCAUCACUCCUUGCCUUCAAGACCCCCGAGAAGCUAAUUCUCUCACCCCUCAUCCGACCAGGUUGAAACGAUUGCAAGCUGCCAAAAAGUUACGCGACAAGCGGCGCAAGGACGAGGAGCUGUCGGUCAAGAAUCGCGCGAAUGUGCGCGUGCGCCAACGCGCGCAGGUCCAUGUCCAAGGCAUGACGACAAAGAUUGCCAACGAGGAUGUGAGUGUCUCGUGCGUAUCUAACGCAUCUUCGGCGCUGAUGAGCCAAACUCGCCUUUCUUCAGACUCUGGCGUAUUUGAAAGGAUCCGAGCAGUUCGGCCAGUACGGUAAAGUUGUCAAACUCUUCAUGUCGAAACGAACGACGCCCGUCGCACCUUCGCAGUCGUCGACUACGCAACAUGCCCACUUCCAACCCGUCAACGUCUACGUCAGCUAUCGGACCCCGGCCGAAGCUUCGGCCUGCAUCGCCGCAAUCGAUGGCACGACGACUUCGGAUGGGCACAAGCUCAAGGCGAUUUGGGGGACGACGAGGUAUUGCCCUACGUACCUCAAGGGUUUGAAGUGCAACAACGAUAGUUGUAUGCAGGCGCAUGAACCUGGGGAAGAGAUUGAAGGUGCUGGACCGGCGAGUAGGGAAGAGAUUUAUGCCUAGUAAGUCCAUUACAAGGGCGAUCGAAUCGGCGCUUUCGAACGGAAGAUCUGAUCGUGGUUCAUGGCCCGUUUGUAGCCACGCCGUGUCGGAUAGCGAACAGCCUCGGAAGAAGGAUUCGUUGGGCACGACUCGAACGAACGCCGUCGAUGCCAAGUUGCCAGCAACUGCCUCUUGGGCCUCCAAAAAUGGCGCGCCGAUACAACCCAUCAUACCGAACCCUUCGUUCUCGCUUCAACAGACGACCUCUUCGACCUCGACUCCUCUCGCAGCCAAACCUAGCACCCCGUCUCGACAGAACAGCAGCGCCGCCACCACCUCUUUGACCCCCAAACCUCCGACGACCCAUCCUCUCCCUUCCAAACCCGUUCUCGCUCGACCGAACUCGAUCGACACGACGCGGAAAGAAGCCGCAGUGGUAUCUUCGCCAGCGGCGGCUGUCGAAUCCCCUUUUUCAAUCCUCCCUACCUCCUCGACUCCAGCUCCUGCUUCCAUUUCCGCCGACGCGACACCGCAGCUCGUUGAUCCGGUCGCUUCUUCCUCCUCGACAUCCGCUCCCAACUUGAGCCCGGGCACGACGCAAGAGAACGGACAUGCGCCGAACGGAAUGACGACGGCGCAGACGGUCACACCUCCGCGUCCUCGAUCGCCGAGCCCGGUACCGCACAUCUUCCCCGAACUCGAAUUUGGCGAUGGUGGAUUCAGCUUCAGUCUCGACUUGGACACCAAGGGCAAGGGGAGAGCGUUUUCGGGUGGCGUGUUCGACGAUCGUGGGGGUACGUUGCAUCAACAGCAAUUGCAUCAGCAACAAUCACAUCUACUGCAGCAGCAGAAGCGCGUGGCGUCGCCGUUCGGGUUCCAGUCAGAGUGGGAAGCGGGUGUGCGCCGAAGGGAACCGCUCGCGUUCGAUACGACCAACAUAUUCACCAGCAUCCCGUCCUACAUGGGCUCGUUUGACCCAUUCGCCGAUACGAGUAAUUCGUUCGAGGCCGCGCCUUCUUCGCAUUCACAACACCACCAUCCGCAUGACGAGUUGCGUUCGGGAACACCCUCGCCUACACCUUCGUUCGAUGAUCAAUCCCUUCGUGGGUCGAGGUUCGGUUUCGCGCGUCGUUCGAGUUCGAACUUGGGAGUCAAGAAUGGGGAAUUGGCUUCGGCGUUGGCUCGCUCGGCGUUCGCUGAGACGGAGGGUCGUCAUUCGCCGGCUCCGUUCACGCCUCCACCGCCUGGGAUUGGGAUGCCGAUGCACUCGGGUGGGUUGGCGGCGCAGCAGCAGACCAGGUCGUUGUCGUCUUCGUCCUCGCUCGGAUUCGGUUUCCCUUCCCACCUCGAUGGGUCCCAACAUCGUACGACGAGUCACAAUGGAGAACUAUGGCAGACUUCGGCUUCCUCGGCUUUCCCACCUGGUGUCGUGCGAUCAUUGGCCACAGCGACGUCCUCUCCUUCCUCUUUGUCGUCUCCACAACUCUCCCCUCGCGUGAGAGCAGGCAUGAUCUACGGAGGCAACAACGGAACAGGAGCGACCUCCACUCCACCGGGUGUAGGCGUAGGGGGGAUGAACAUCGGUUCCGUCACUGCGAACGCUGCCUUACCCCCCGGUAUCUCAUUGAAUCGAUCUUCAGUUAUCGCAGCGGCUUCGUUCCCUUUGCCUCCUGCCGCACCGAGGACGGUCAGUGGUUCGACGGGGGAAAAGGUCGAUUUGUUGGCGCUUAUUGCGGCGGCUCAGGCUUCUUCGGGCGCCAAGGCGCAUCAUCAACAACAGCAACAACAACAGAUGCAGCAGCAGCAGCAGCAGCAGCAGCAGCAGCAGCAGCAGCAGCAGCAGCAGCAGCAGCAGCAGCAGCAGCAGCAGCAGCAGCAGCAAGCUGCAUUCCUCGCUCAGCUCGCCGCCGGUGGUGGAGGAGGAGGGAACAACGACGGACACAACUCGACGCCUUUAUUCUCCGACCCUGCGAUCCUCAACGCCCGUUUGGCAGCCAACGCGCCUCUUCCACCUCCCCCCAACGCACCUUACGGAACCAACGCCCCGACUGGUACAUACCUCGAUAACGGAGGAGGUCUCUUCGGCUCCGCACCCGGUGGUGGUGGUGGUGGUUCGACCUUGUUCGCUCCUCCCGGUGUGACGAGGGCUCAAGCUCAACCGAGGCGUGCUUGA